AUGCCGAGGUCCCAGUCUUGGUUGCAUACAGUCUUUCUGUCUCUUGUUGUGGUCAUCCAUCUUCCGACAGGUCUGGCACAAGACGACCCUGCAUCCAGCACUGAAAGUCCUACAACAUCGUCGAUAGCACCCGAUCAGCCAAGCCCGACAAACUCAGCGCCUGCACAAACAUACACCAUCCAAGUCGGCCUGGCAGACCAUAAAUUCAAGCCUGAGGUGACGACGGCCAAUAUCGGUGAUACAAUUGAAUUCGCCUUCUACCCGCGUAAUCACAGUGUCGUCCGCGCAGAAUACGGUUUCCCAUGCAUACCCUACGAGAUGACCGGGGCUUCGAAAACUGGCUUCUUCGCUGGCUUCCACACCGUCGACACGGUGCUCUCCUCGCCGCCUACCUACCGCAUCCUUAUCAACGACACCGACCCCAUAUUCUUCUACUGCUCUGCCCCCGGUAGCUGUCUGACAUACGGCAUGGUAGGCGCCAUUAACCCCAAUGCGUCGAUGAGUGUGCAAAAGCAGCAGCAGCUAGCGUUAAGCAGCACAUAUAUGCUUAACCCAGGCGAACCCUUUCCCGACGAAAGCCCCUCAGCAAGUAACCCAGCUACCAGUUCCGCCACGGCAAACACUGACACUGGGAAACCAGCUGACGAAAAGGGGCUUUCCACAGGCGCCAUUGUCGGCAUCGUCGUCGGCGGAUCGUCCAUCAUCUUCGUCGCUGCACUCUUCUUCUUCUUCUGGGGCCGCACCACCAGCCUCGCCAACGAAGAAGAGAAGGAGGAGAUUGAGGAAGAGAAGGAGAAGGAGAAGGAGAAGGAGAAGGGGUUAAUUACAAUGAAUGGAUAA